AGAUGAAGAUAAGGAGAUGAGGAUGAGGAUGAUGAGAGAGGGAGGGAAAUCCAUGGUGGAAGAGAGUUAAGGUGAGAAUUAUCAUCAUUCGGCUUCCUUGGAUUCGUGGGCUUCCCAUUGAUGCCUUUGGUUUUCUCACGAAUUCAUCCCAACCCAUAUUCGAGCCUUUUUUAGAAAUUUGUUGUUUAUCCUACGAAUUUUUUUUCUUCUCAAUUAUCUUCGUCUUCUUCUUGUUUAUUGUUAUUAAUCAUUAAUUAUAAUUAGAAGUUUAUAGAAGUUUCAAGUUUCUUCGAAUUUCAAAUUUCAUUCAUACAAAAUCAAAGUUUUCUAACAAAAGUUUUCCUCUUCCUUUCAGUUUCAUCCCAGUUCAUCUCGGUAAUACAUCAGAUCUUAAUUAUUGUGCGAUUGUUUAAUUAUCUCAUCAUUAAUUGUUUCAUUCGGUUGUUUAAAUUAUUUGGGAACAAUUUGAUUGUGUUCAACUAUUUGUUUAUCCACAAGGAUUUACUUUAUUUUAUUUUCUGCCUCGGAUUUGAAAGGGAAUAAUUUGAUUUAUUUGGUAAAUUGUUCAAGUUAAUUGUAAUUGAUUAACUUCCUCUUGUAGAGAAUGGCACCUUCACCAGCUCGUAUUACCACUACCCAAGGGCCGAGUCGCAACUCAUUUGAAGCGACCCUUAGGUCAAGUGAUCCACCGAAACGGACUGGUAACAAUCGAGAUAAAUCUCCGGCCAAAUCACCGACUCGAUCUAUAAAUCGAGAUGAUUAUCGACCAGGAUCAUGGAGACAAUCUCGCCCUGAGUCGCAAAGUAGUAACGCUUCAUCUAAAAUAAGUGCCGCUCGAUCAACGCCAAUCGAAUCGUUAGCAUCUUCAUCAAAGAUAAGCCCAACAACACCCGAACCCAAAUAUGAAGCAAAAAUUUGGGAAAAAUGCGGUGAACGGGAAUCAUCUUGGCCUAAAAUGAUAAAUGAAUCAAUUGUUUCAUCGGAAGCUCCCAUUACAUCAGCCACAGCACCUUCUCUCUCUUCAUCAAUGACCAGUAGUCGAUCACAACAUCGAUCACCAAGUCGAGAAAGCGAGAAAAAAGUUCGAAUAAAUUUAGAACCAUUAGGCCAACAAUCAUCUUAUUCUCGUUCAUAUCAAACCGAGACAAAAACCUCUUCAUCAACCAGCAAAUACGAUGACAAGUCAUCACCUUCAUCGGGUGAGGUGAACCAGAUAACAACCACAUCAACCUCUUCAAAAGAGGUCAUCGAAUGUUCAGUUGGUCCCGAAGACGGUUGGUCACUUAAAGACGCGAUCAAGAAGAAGCUUCUCAACCCUCGAUCGGGUAUGUUCAACCUUCCAACUUCACGUGAAAUUGAAAUCACUUUUCGAGAAGCAUUGAAAUGUAAAAUAAUCAAUCCCAUUUCAGCGGAUGUAGUUGACCCUGCUCGUCUUUCACCUCCCCCAACAACGACUUCCGGUUCAAAUUCAUCUCCGCUCAACACUCGACCAGUUUCAUUGUAUCGAGCACUUGAGAAAGGUUUACUUGAUGAACAUGGAGGUUAUUCAGUUGAUGCCGCUCGAAGUAAAAUCUCAUUGGAGGAAGCCAUUGAUCGUAGAUUUGUGACCUUUGAUGAUCGUGUUAAAACAAGUGACUCAUUGGUAACCCGAGUGAUUAAAAUUGUACGAACUGAAGGAUUGUCACCAAGAGAUGAAGUAACUUUGGAACCAAGUUCAAUUUCCUCACGAUCAUCUCCAGUGCGAUCAUCAAUCAGACAAAAUCGAUCCGUUAGUCCAACUACACGAGCAUCGUCAUCAGCAUCAACAUCAUCUUCAACUACCGAAUCCAAACGGUACCAAUCAACAUCUUCGACCUCGAAAACAAGAACAUCUUCAUCUUCCCCACAUCUUCAAGCCGCAUCUUCAUCUACUGGUACCACAACUGCGGAUUCAUCGAUGACCAAAUAUGAAGAAUUUGUUGAAAUAGGAACCAACAUUUUCUACUGUCCCUCAAGCGACACUGUUUUUGACGAGGUCACCGGCAAACGAACAACUUUGGCUGACUCAUUGGCAUCUCGACAAAUUGAUUGCAAAUUUUCCGUUAUCGAUACACUGACUGGAAAACCAAUAGGCUUGAGUGAGGCCAUUUCACGGAAAAUUUUAGAUCCAGUUAAAUACUUUGUUUUUGACGCUAAACGCGGUAAAACUUAUUCCUUAUCAGAGGCCGUUAAACGGGGACUUUUCAUCUUAACAUCAUCACCAUUACUUUUGAUGGAAUCAGCAUCAGCCACAUCACAUGUAACACUUAAUCCAGGUCCACACGAGGAAUCAGGUCGAUCGGGAUCUGGAAGAUUAGUACGAGAAACUGUCCAGGUUCUUAAAUCUCGAGAGAUUUUCAUCAAAGAUCCUUCAACAGGUCAAGAGGUUCCGUUAGAAGAAGCCGUAAGAAAAGGUCUAGUUGAUAGGGAAACUGCUGAUCGUUUAAAAGCCCAAGAAUCUGCGACAAGUGGAUUUUCAGUUAAACGAUCGGUUGACCUUACUGUUCAUGAUCCUCGAACCGGUCAAGAAAUUCCCAUUGACUUAGCUGUUCGAAAAGGUAUCAUCGACAUGGCCACAGCUGAUCGGAUUCGACGAGGUGAAGUAAUCGAAAACGUCAUCUCAACAAACGUUACACUUGUCGACGAUGAACAAGAAAACUGGGCUGACAUUGUAUCGGAAAUCAACGAACGACUUGACCUAAUAACUGAAUUUAAAGCCUUCCAACAGAGUUACACUGCGGCCAAAAAAUGGCUCGAUGGUAUUGACCGACGUUUAAGAUCACUGGCAGCCGAUUAUGAUGAUGAAAAUGAUCUGGUUAACAUUGAAUCUAAACGGACAAAAGUGACCUCAUUGAAGCAUGAGCUAACAUCUCAAGUGAACAUUUUGUCAACCGUUGAUGAAGCCGCUGAAUCAUGUAAGGCCAGAAUGGAACGGGGUUCAAUUGAAUACAGUCGGAUAGAGCGAUUAACCCGAUCACUUCAUGAUCAAUAUAAAUCGUGUUUAUCAACAGCAAAUGAUUUAACCAAACGACUAAAUGAUUUAGACCAAGCCCGAUCUAAAUAUUACCAAAAAUUGACCACAAUUGACCAAGAGUUGGAAACAAUUUCUCAAGAUUUGGAUAAAUUAAUUUCGUCAACAAUCAACGUUAAUGAGAAAGAGUUUAAAUUGAAUACAUUGGAAUCGAAAUUGACCUCACAUCGAUCGACAAUCAGUGAAUGUGAGGUUAUCUGUGAUAAUCUUUGUCGCCUUUUAACUUCAUCAAAUGAACAAUUAAAGGCUCGAAAUGGACUCAAUGAAAUUGAACGUAAAUAUCGUGAACUUCAUAACGAUAUUAAAGAGAUAACAGUUAAUUACAAAGAUUUCCAAUCAUUUGUCACUUUAACCAAUGAAUUUACCAAAUGGCAAUCGACAAUUGAAACAUCAUUAUCAUCAAAAUCAUCGACAACAAUUAACACCAGUCAACAAUUGAACAUUUUACAAGACGAAUUUGAAAGGAUUGAAGAGAUAAUCAAGACUAUUCAAUCUCGAGAAGUUGAUUAUGAAGAUCUAAUUGAAUCAGGAAAUGAUUUAAUCUGUCGACUUGAAUCACAUGCACCCGAGUCCAAUAUAAUCCGAUCCAAAUUGGCGACAAUCAAUUCUACCUGGGAAUCAAUAAGAUCAUCAGCUGAUAAACAAAUUAAUCAAUUGGAAACAUGUUUAAGAGAAUCAACUAAAGCAAAGGAAACAUUGAGAAAAUUUAAUUCCUUCUUGGAUAUUGUUGAAACUGAUUAUUCCAAUUUACCUGAUGUCACAAGUAAUCAAUUAACUAACGAGAAAACUUUGUCCUUUGUUGAGAAAUUAAAAUCAUCAUUGGAUUCUCAUCAUUCGGAUUAUUUAAUUGUUUCCAAAUUACGAGUUACUGGAAUCGAUUCUUCAGUUAAUUUGAUUGAGAAGGAGGUUAAAGAGAGUUGCUCUCGAUAUGAGAAGAUCCAUCAAUCAACAGUCAAGAAAAGUGAACAAUUAAGGGAAAUGGUUGCUAAAUUGUCUUCAAUUGGUUCAACUAUUAAGCAAAUUGCUUCGGAUGUUGAAAAAUUUGAAAGUAAAAUUCAUUCAAGUAAAGUAAUGACAUCGACUACAUUUGAUUCCCGAUUGAUUGAGAUUACGAAAAGUUUGAUUAAUCAAUCUCAUAAUUUAAUGGAUAAAAUUGAUUCAUCAAAGGUUAAGGUCAAUGAGAUGUCAACGGGUUCAACUGGAUUCACCUCAUUUACCAAUGAGAUUAACCAUUACAGUGAGCGAGUUAAAUCACUUUCAUCACAAUUAACUUCUCGCUUGGAAUCAAUUCAAUCAGCAUCAACCAUUGUUGAUAAAAUUCAGCGUAAAUUGGAUAAAGUUGAAAGUCAAUUAAAACAAGAAGAGAUUCAUAUUAAUCGAUUAUCAUCAUCGAUCUCAACUGAUUCAGUUGUCACCCUUGAGAAGCAGAAACAAGAGGUUAAAGAGAUUUGCAUGGAAAGUGAACAAUUAACCAACAAUUUAAGUGAAUUGUCUCGAAUUUUGUCCCAAGAAGAAAUGGUCAGUUUAGGUCGAGAAUGGGAAACGACUCAUCGACAUUUCGUUCAUCUUAUUCGCUCAAUGGAAUCACGACAUUCAACCAAUUUGGCGACUUUGGACAAGCGACAGGCGGCGAUUGAAUUAGCGCUUAACGAAGCUCGAUCAUUUGAGAAAAAAUUGACCGAAUUUGAAUCCUGGUUGAACGAGACGGAAUCUACUCUUGAAAAGAUGGAGGAAGCGUCUUAUUUAACAGAAACAUUGGAAACUCAAAUGACCGAGAAUCAAAGGUUAGAGGAAUCGAUUCGUUCCAAGUGUCAACUAUUAGAUGAUCUUGAGAAACGCGGAACCAGCUCAAAACAACGGGAACUUCUUGUCGCCAUACGACAUCGAGUUAAUCGUUUAACUUCAAGGUGCAUUGAUCGAGGUCAAACUCUUGACAGAAAUUUAAAAUUAGCCCGAGAAUUUGUUGACAAAUGGACUUCAUUGAUUGAUUGGUUGACCGAAACUGAAGUUGCUCUUGAAAAUCGAUCUGUAUCAUCAGCUAAAUCACUUUCUUCUCGAUUGGUUGAGACACGAAACAAUUACAAGAAUUUACUCCGUUCAUUUGAGGCCAAACAAUCGGUUUAUGAAUCUACAAUGCGUUUGGGUUCAUCUUUGAAAGAUAAAAGUCCCAAAGGCGAUUCUCCAGUUUUCCAACGAAUGCUGAAUGAAUUAUCAUCUAAAUGGGAAUCAACUUUAUCCACAAUUAGUGAAACUUUAUCUUCUCUUGAAACUGAUCUUAAUUGCUCGGAUAAAUAUUCAUCUCUUGUUAAAGAACUGGCAUCAUGGUUACAAUCAAAUCAAAUUACAAUUGAUAAUCUUCAUGGUGAUGUUUCAAUUGUUACCAAAUUGAUCAAAGAGCAUUCAUCUUGGUCCAAAUCAUUAUCUUCUCAGGAAGAGAAACUGGUAACAAUUAAACGACUUGGUGAACAAUUGAUCAACAAUAUCGUUGGAUCGGAUGAAACGAUGAGCAUUAAACAUCAAAUCAGUGAUUUAACCCGAACAAUGAAUGAAUUAAAGGAAAGGUCGAUUCUAAAGGAGAAAAGGUUGAAAGAAUCAUUAAGAAAAGCGGAACAAUUAGAGGCUGAUAUCAAUAAAUUAGUUAACUGGUUAACUGGAAUUGAAACUUCUGUCACUAAAAUGGACUCGACAAUUAGUUUAACUGAAGAAAAAGAAUUGACUAAAUAUAAUGAGAAAAUUGAAAGUUACCUUGGUGAUCUUGAAAGGGAACAAGUUAAUCGCGAUCGAUUGAUUGCCGAAUGUCAAAAUAUUUUACUUGAUUGUCACCCGGAUGGUGAAUACACAAUUCGUCAUUAUAUAACUGUUAUUGAAUCUAAAUGGGAAUCAGUUUCCAAUCUAUUGAAAACUAAAUCAUCCAAAUGUAGAUCAGCUUACAAUCAAUUAAUGGACAAGUUGAAUUGUCUUGAUCAAUUGUUACAAUGGAUUAGUAGAGCUGAACAAGAGCUUGAAGACAUGGAGUCAACACCAAUUCCUGAUGAAACUGCGGCCAUUCAACAGAUUAUUGAACAUUUCGAAUCAUUCAGAUCAAAAGUAAUGGUCAAAGAAUCGGAAUUUGAUCAAGUGGCCACCGAUUAUUAUAAUGGUAACAAUGUCCAACAGCAAAAUCAGCGGUCAUCAGCUACUCGAACCUCAAGCCGAUCAAUUUUACGAGUAAAAUCACUUGAAGUUUCUUUGUCCUCAUUGACCCAUUCAAAGGCUAUUGAAUUGAUCGGACGAUGGCAGAAGCUGGUCAAGUCUCUAAAUGAUAGGUUAAUCCGGUUACGAAGUAAACACAAUUACUUCAGUGAAUUGGAAAGAUUAAGAGAUUUUGAUUUUGAUACUUGGAGACGUCGAUUCCUUGAUUGGAUGAAUGAAAAAAAGGCUAAGAUUAUGGACUUUUUCCGUAAGAUGGACGAUGAUCAUGAUGGUAAAGUGAAUUAUGAACAGUUUAUCGAAGGUUUCAUCAAAUCCAAAUUCCCAACCAGUCGAAGUGAAAUGUCCAAAGUCGCGACCAUUUUUGACCGAAACUCCGAUGGUUACAUUGAUUCAAAGGAGUGGAUGGAUACACUUAGAGACAAAACCGAAGCGGAGAUAAUCAAAGAUGAAGUUUUCCGCCAAGUGGCUCAAUGUUCAUGCCGAGAUAAAUACAAAGUCUUCCAAGUAGAAGAACGCAAAUAUCGGUUUGGCGAAUCUCAAAAAUUACGACUUGUACGUAUCUUACGAAGUGUGGUUAUGGUUCGUGUCGGUGGAGGUUGGGUUAGUCUCAAUGAAUUCUUGGUUAAAAAUGAUCCAUGUAGAGCCAAGGGUCGCACUAACGUUGAAUUAAGGGAACCUUUAGCCGAUGGUGUGAGUCAAAGUAUGGCCGCUUUCCAAUCUAAGGUUACAUCAACUUCAACUGAAGGGAAUGUCAUUUAUGGUCCGAUUACCAAGAUUCGAGAGAAAACCGACCGAAGUGUCCCGAUGUGUACCAGUGUCGAUGAUAACAGUUUAGAAGAUUCUGAUGACAUUGGUGAAUUACGAUCUCGUUCCCGAUCACAGCCCAGAACUGGAGCCUCAAGUCGAGCCAGUGAUCAAUUAUCGGAAGAUGUUAGUCUUGAUGGAUCAAACUGCCAACACUCAACCCAACAACAACAACGAUUUUCAAGAAUUGACAAUAAACCCCGAUGGCGAUAAUGAUCAAGUUAAUCAGGAAACGAAAUUAUCACUUUUUUCAAAACAGUAUUUCCAAUGACGAUCACUAAUCCAAUUAUUAUUAAUUUCUCAUUCAAAUUGAUCCAUUUAACUUUAUUAUUAUUAUUUUGUCACAAUUUCUCAUUUUUUAUAUCCAAUAUUUAACUAAUUAUUUUGUUGUAUUUUCAUUAUUAACAUUUUACAAUCAAUUGAUUCUCGUUUUCACAAGAAUAAAGUUUUUACAUUAGUAAUCAAUUAAAUCAUCUUAAUAACAAUCAAAAUCUUAUCAAGCUAAACAAGAAGAGUCAAAGAAAUUAACUAAUCACCAGACAGAAUUGAAUUAUCAACAAUUGUUCAAUCACCACUGAAUUAAAAGUAACCAUAUGGUUCAUCAAAAUAGAAUAGAAAAGUAGAAAGGGAAAGUAAAUUCUCUUUCUUUUCCACUGUCGCUUUUUCUUUCUUUUUCUUUCUUUUUUUCGAUUUAUUUUAUCUUCGCUUUUAUUUUGUUUAUUUCUCUCUAAUUGUAACGUGUCUUGAUUAAAAUCUUUUUUAAUUAAUUACAUUUUUCUUUUAAUCAUCAUUUUCUAAUCAACUAGUGCAAUGAUCUACAACAAUCAAUUUUAUUACGAUCAUUGGAAACUAAUAUUUACGAGUUGAUCUUGAAUAAGAUUUUCUCAUUUGUUUUGUUUUUCUAUUGCAAAUCUAAUCAUCACCAUUAUUGUUAUUUUCUUCUGGUUCCCAUUUGCUGGUCUCAUCUUCCAGAAUUCUCUGUGUGAAUUGUACGUGUUACAUUUUGGAUCAAUAUUCUUUCCACUUAUAUUUACCAUAUUAACCAUCAAGAGAAUACAUUUAACAC